AUGGCAAUCCCUAUCGUUGAUUUCGCAAACUGGAAGUCUGAAGGCUCGAAUCGUCGGCAAGUAGCCCAAGAUAUCGUCACUGCGUGCCGGAAAGUGGGGUUUGUCUAUAUCAUCAACCACUCACUACACGAAGUACUACUGGAAGAGGCCUUUCAGUGGUCCCAACGUUUCUUCGAUCUGCCUCAAGAGGAGAAGCUCAAGGCUCCGCAUCCAGAGGGGUGGGCUGUUCAUCGUGGGUACUCUUGGCCGGGUCUGGAGAAGGUAUCCCAGGCCUUCAGCGCCGAGAAUGAUGAGGAACGGGUGAAGCAGCUCCGCGAAAUCCCAGAUAUCAAAGAGAGUUUCGAUAUCGGAAGCGAGGAGAAUCCAAGCCAACCAAAUCAAUGGGUCCCCGAAGAUAGUCUUCCGGGCUUUCGUACAUUCAUGAAUAAGUUCUACUGGGAGUGCUUCCGCGCAGCGGGUGAAGUCCUUCAAGCUUUGGCUGUUGGUCUAAAUCUGGAGGAAAAUUACCUGCUCCGGAAACAUUCGGGGCAUAACAACCAGAUUCGCCUUCUCCAUUACCCGCCUAUUCCAGCAGAGGCUCUGGAAAGUCACCGCGCCGCACGCUGCCCAGCUCAUACAGAUUGGAGCUCCAUUACGGUUCUCUUCCAGGAUGACUGCGGCGGCUUGGAGGUGGAGAAUCCCGAUCAGCCAGGGAAUUUCAUACCAGCAACGCCGGUUAAGAACGCAAUGGUGGUGAAUAUAGGAGAUUUGCUACAGCGGUGGAGCAAUGAUGUACUGAGAUCUACCAGCCAUCGGGUCACCCUGCCACCUUUGUCUGAUCGGUUUGAAGGAAAACAAAGGCUCACUCGAAAGCGCUAUUCGAUUCCCUACUUUCUCGCGCCAGACCCAGACUCUGUUAUCGAAUGUAUACCAUCUGAAAGCGGGGAGCCACCGAAGUAUGAGCCGAUCACGCCGGCUGAGUAUAACCAGAUGCGAGCAUCUAUGCAGUACUAA